AUGCAUGUAGAGUGUAAUAUAAUGAGAAAUAUAUGUGCGUGCGCAAACUAGUAGUACAUCCAAUAUUAUCAUACAACAAGCCCAUCUCCAUUUCCAAUUCUAAUCCUCGUCCAUGACCUCCGCAUCAACCACCUCCUUCCCUUCAAAGAUAAACCUCUGCACGACGCUCUGCUCAUACGCAGCAUUCGCCUCCGCAAACUUAUUCGCCAAGAUCCGCUGCCGAUUCAUAUACCCGCCCAGCAGCACGUUCAGCUUCUUCUCCUGCUCCGUCGUCUUCUUUGCAAUGUCUGACACGAGCGCGCUCGCAAGCGUCUCGAAUACUUCUUCGGUCUCGAGCUCGGAGUGUUGGAUCGCGAGUAUUGGCUGUGAUGUGGUUUGCGGUUCUUGUGAGGCAGCAGGUUCUUGCUGUGUUUGUUCUUCAGCUGGAACUGAGUCCUGUGCUUUUGACGCAGCUUUUCGUGUUUUCCGUGGUGGCAUUGUGUAUGUAUUGUAUAUUGUAUAUGUAUUGUAUAUAAAAGAGAUGUCUUGUUCAGAGUAAACGCUGGAUUUCCAGGGUUAGGUCAUCAAAGCAAAGUUCUCCAGAUCUCCCAGCGCAUUCGCAUU